AUGUCGAAGAAGCAGGGAGAGGAUCUACGUGAAGAGCAGGAGCGAGCGUUAGAAUGUCGUAGAAGCAGGGAGAGAAGCGCUGAAACUGGAAAACUGCGUGCAUAUUGGAAUGGUGGUUCUUGCAGGUUAUACGAACUCUGGACGCACUUCAUCUUGUUGUGGGCAAUUUAUUCGAACUUCUCCACCCCCUUGGAGUUUGGCUUCUUCCGCGGACUACCCCGCAAUCUUCUCUUCCUGAACCUCGCCGCUCAGUUUUUCUUCCUCGCCGACAUAAUCGUGCAGUUUCUCGUCGCCUACCGCGACCCCCAUACCUACCGCAUGGUCUAUAGCCCUAAUUCCAUCGCCCUCCGCUAUUUGAGGUCCGGCUUCAUUCUCGAUUUUCUCAGCUGUCUUCCAUGGGAUCUUAUCUAUAAGAUCUGUGGUAGAAGAGAAGAGGUGAGAUACAUUAUUUGGAUUCGCUUGUGUCGGUUACGGAAAGAGUCUGAAUUCUUUCAGAAGAUAGAGAAGGACAUUCGAAUCAAUUACUUGUUUACGAGGAUUGUGAAGCUCAUUGUUGUAGAGCUCUACUGCACGCACAUUGCUGCCUGCAUCUUCUACUACCUUGCCACCACUCUACCCCAGUCCGAGGAAGGCUAUACCUGGAUUGGGAGCUUGAAGUUGGGUGACUACAACUACCGGAACUUUCGGGAAAUUGAUUUCUGGAGACGUUAUUUGACGUCUUUGUAUUUCGCCAUUGUGACCAUGGCGACUGUAGGUUAUGGAGAUGUACAUGCAGUUAACUCUAGAGAAAUGGUAUUUGUCAUGAUGUUUAUGUCAUUUGACAUGAUUCUGGGAGCUUACUUGAUUGGUAACAUGACUGCACUGAUUGUUAAAGGAUCAAAGACAGAAAGGUUUAGAGACAAAAUGAAAGAACUUAUUAAAUUUAUGAAUAGGAACAAACUUGAAAAUGACAUCCGAGACCAAAUUAAAGGACAUGUUCGCUUACAAUAUGAAAGAACCUAUGCAGAAGCUACCGUCCUUGAGGAUAUUCCUGUAUCAAUUAGAGCAAAGAUUUCAGAAAGCUUAUAUAAGCCAUAUAUUGAAAGUAUUCAUCUAUUUAAGGGAUGCUCUUCAGAGUUUAUUCAACAAAUUGUGAUUAGGCUGCAAGAGGAGUAUUUUCUUCCAGGUGAAUUGAUUCUGGAACAGGGCAAUGCAGUAGAUCAACUAUAUUUUGUGUGCCAUGGAGUGCUGGAAGGUGUUGAGAUAGGUCAAGAUGGAACUGAAGAGAUCAUCUCCCGGUUCGAGCGUAAUAGUUCAAUUGGGGAGACUGCCAUUCUUUACAAUAUACCCCAGCCUUUUACUGUUCGUGUUUGUGAGCUCUGCAGACUCUUGCGACUUAAUAAGCAAAGUUUUACAAAUAUCUUAGAGAUAAAUUUUGUUGAUGCAAGAAUAGUCUUAAGCAACCUGUUUGAGGGUGGUGUAUACAGUAGCAAGAUCAAGCAGUUAGAAUCAGAUAUCACUCUACAUAUUGGAAGGCAGGAGGCAGAGUUUGCUCUAAAAGUAAAUAGUGCCACUUCGAAUGGAGACCUAAAUCACCUUAAGGGCUUGAUUCGAGCUGGAGCAGACCUCAAGACAACUGAUUAUGAUGGGCGCUCCCCUUUGCAUAUAGCAGCAUCGAGAGGAUACCAAGAUAUUGCUUUUUUUCUCAUUCAAGAGGGUGUUGACAUUAAUGCUCCGGAUAAAAAUGGGAGCACACCUUUAUUGGAGGCUAUAAGGUGCAAACAUGAUCCAGUGGCUUCUCUACUCUUUAAUAAAGGCGCAAAAUUAGGUCUCAAUGAUGCUGGCAACCAGCUAUGUGCUGCUGUUUCAAGAGGAGAUGUAGACUUUCUUAAACGGGUUUUAUGUUAUGGAGCUGAUGCAAAUUCAAAAGACUAUGAUCAGCGUACACCGCUUCAUAUAGCUGCUUGUGAGGGGCUAUAUAUGAUAUCUGAAGUGCUUAUAGAAGCUGGGGCCAGUGUUUUCGUUGUAGAUAGAUGGGGCACAACUCCUCCAGAUGAAGCACAGAAGAGAGGCAACUCAUUAUUGAUAAAGCUAUUUGAAAAUGCAAAAUUUGAAGAGCUGUUAAAAUUCCCUGAACGAUGUCAAGUGGUUAGAGACAAAACACAACGCCAAAAAUGCACAGUCUUCCCUUUCCAUCCUUGGGACUCUAGGGAUAGAAGAAAGGAAGGAAUAGUGAUUUGGAUUCCUCAGACAAUGGAGGAGCUCAUCAGAUGUGCCGAGCAGCAUUUCAACUGCUUAGGGAUAUGCAUUCUAUCUGAAGAUGGAGGCAAAAUAUUAGAUACAGAGCUAAUCUCUGAUGGCCAAAGGCUGUACUUGACUUCAGGUAAUGCCUCUACUUCAAACCUUACGACUUUCAAUUAAUUUACACACCCAGUAUUGCAAGCUUCCUCUAUAUUGCUGUUGGAUUUUGCAAAUUAGUCUUAAAUAGUCAUGUAAAACUAAAAUUGAUUGAGCUUGUUGUAAAAUUUGUAUUCUAUAGCCAAU